CAUCACCAAGCAUCCAUGGAGCUUUUUCUGGACGCAACCAUGGUCGCAUAAUGGCUUACCUAUGUCUGAAUGAAUCUACGCCUUGAGAUACAGCUACCAUGUUGUCUGCUUUUACCGCCCAGCCCAUUGUGGAGCUGAAGCAGCGCGACAGGUCCAAGAUCGAGUCGAUCCUCGCCUACGGCGACCGUGUCCUCGUCGGCCUCAAUUCUGGCGCCCUGCGCAUCUACCGCGUGAACGAGCAAAGCGACGACGGCGAGCCCCAGAAUGGCAACGUCGAACCGUCGACGUUCAAGCCCAAGCCGGCAGACCUCCUCCGCGAAGAAGAGAAAUUCUCGCGCCGCCCCGUGCAGCAGCUCGCCAUCAUCAAGGAGGCCAGCAUCCUCGUGUCGCUGUCGGACAACCAUGUCUCCAUCCACGACCUGCAGACAUACGCACUGCAGGAGAAGCUGGAGAAGACAAGGGGCGCGACAACAUUCGCGGCGGCUAGCAAUAUUGUGAAAGACCCCAGCACGGGGAUUCCCUCCAUCGUCAGCAGACUGGCUGUGGCGGUCAAGCGAAAGAUCAUCCUCUGGACGUGGCAGGACAUGGAGCUCAUGGGCGAGGCGACGGAGAUAUCGCUCAUCGCGUCGGUCAAGAGCCUGACGUGGGCCUCGGGGACGAAGGUCGUGGCGGGCAUGGAUCCAGGGUUUGUCAUGGUCGACAUUGAGAGCCAGGAGGUCCAGGACAUUGUCAAGCCCGGCGCGUUGGGAGACGCGGGCGGCCAGGGAGGGGCUCGCUUCGGCGCUGUCUCGUCGUCGGGCAUGGGAUACAUGGGCAUGGGCAGCUGGGUUCCGAAGCCGCUGGCCACACGGCUGGGCGAGGGACAGCUGCUGCUGGCAAAAGACGUGAAUAGCCUGUUCAUCGACACCGCAGGGAACGCCCUCGAAAAGCGACAGAUUCCUUGGCCUUUUGCCCCCGAGAUGAUCGCAUACUCGUACCCGUACAUGCUGGCGCUGCAGCCGCCAGCCAGGGGCGGCCUGGAGAUCAGAAACCCGGAUACGCUGAAUCUGCUGCAGACCAUCAACCUGCCAAACGCCAACUUUCUCCACGUACCACAGCCAAACAUCAGCCUGGCCCAUGCUGGAAAGGGCUUCUUGGUAGCGAGCGAUCGGUGCAUUUGGCGGAUGGGCGCGCAGAGCUACGAGGCCCAGAUUGAUGUACUGGUCUCGCAUGGACGCUACGACGAAGCGUUGAGUCUGCUCGACAUGCUCGAAGAUACGCUGUUGAAAGACAAAGAGGGCAGGGUGCGCGAGAUCAUGAUGCUCAAGGCGCAGGCUCUCUUUGACCAGAAGAAGUUCCGCGAGGCUAUGGAUCUGUUCACUGACGCUAAAACACCUCCUGCGCGCGUCAUCUCGCUGUAUUCAAGAGCGAUCGCGGGUAAUCUGGUCCCAGAGGAGAGUACUAAAGAUGAAGACAGUGUAGCUGGCGAGGACGACUCGAAUGGCGACAAGACUGCUGCAGAUAGCGCAGACAGCCCGCACACAUCCUUCAACCCUGCGUCCACCAUCGGUCGAGCGAUGAUGGGCAGAUUCGGCGGCGGACACAAGAAGACGGAUUCAGACACAACGUCUAUCCGGUCUUCUGUCAAAGAGGAGGCGGAGAUUGCAAGCAUCAAGAGGAAGACGACAGAGCCGAUAAAAACUACCGAGACGAUACGACCAGACAAGGCGUUGGAAGACAAAGACUUCAAAGAAUCUCUCCGCGCGCUGCAAUCUUUCCUCGCACAAUGCCGCGUGCAAAUCAAACGAUACAUCGACAUCGACGGCAACCUCAAAGAGCCGCUCCCCACACCCAACGAAAGCCAAACCGACGACUUCAAGCCCGCCUUCCACUUCUUCAUCCAAGAAACCUCGCUCCCAGCGCCCAUCGACUGGAAAGCAAAGCUCCUCGAAGUCGCCCAACUCGUCGACACAACCCUUUUCCGCGCCUACAUGCUCGCCAGUCCCGGCCUCGCAGGCCCUCUCUUCCGCCUCCCCAACUUCUGCGAACCAGACGUCGUCCAGGACAAGCUCUACGAAACGGGCCGCUACGCAGACCUCAUCGACUUCCUGCACGGAAAGCGCCUGCAUCGCCAGGCCCUCGAGCUGCUGGAGAAAUUCGGCCGCAAUGAGGCGGAUGAGGAGGUCUCGCCUGCGCUGCAGGGCCCACAAAGAACGGUUGGCUACCUCCAGCAACUGCCCCCCGAGAUGAUCGACCUCAUCCUCGAGUUCGCGGACUGGCCACUGCGCACGGAGCCGGCGCUCGGUAUGGAUGUCUUUCUCGCGGACACGGAGAACGCGGAGACGCUGCCCCGCCUGCAGGUUCUCGACUUUCUGCAGGAUAUCGACCUCAAGCUCGCGGUCAAGUACCUCGAACAUAUCGUCGAGGAGCUGAACGAUCUCACGCCGGACUUCCACCAGAGGCUCGUCGACUUGUUUCUCGAGCGCCUGCGCGAUGGCGAGUUUGAGGAUGAGGGCGAGAAGACGGGGUGGAGGGAGAGGCUGCAGCUGUUUUUGAAGACGAGCGAGAAUUAUAAUAAGUAUCGCGUUUUUCAGCAGUUGCCUGCUAAUGAUCCGGAUUAUUAUGAACCGCGCGCGAUUGUGCUGAGUAAGAUGGGCUCGCAUAAACAGGCGUUGCAGAUUUAUGUGUUUCAGUUGAAGGACUAUAAGAAAGCUGAAGAAUACUGCAACCAACUGCACCUCACCUCCCAACCCCUCUCCGCAUCGACCCCCACCCUCCCACCCCCCUCCCACGACGCAAUCGCCUCAGAACCCUCAAUCUACCACGUCCUCCUCUCGCUCUACCUCACCCCCCCACCCCCCAACCAACCAAACUGGCCCCCAGCCCUCGACCUCCUAAGCAAGCACGGCGCCCGCCUCCCCGCCUCCUCAACCCUCGACCUCAUGCCCCCGACCCUCCCGGUCAAGGACCUAGAAAGCUAUUUCCGCGGCCGCAUCCGCAACGCCAACUCGGUGCUGAACGAAGAGCGCAUUGUCGCGCGCCUGCGCGGCGUGGAGAAGGUCGCUGUCGAUGCGGAUAUGUUGCUUGGUGAGGCGAGGGCGCGUGUGGAUAAGAGUGGUCGGAGGGUUCCGGGGGGGCUGAAUCGGAGGGUGGUUAUUACGGAGGAGAGGCAUUGUGCGGUUUGUCAUAAGAGGUUUGGGGGGAGUGCGAUUAGAGUUUAUCCAGAUGAUAGUGUGGUGCAUUCGGGGUGUUUGAGGGGGAGUGUUGGGAGGGGUGUGCAGGUUCAGGCGCAGGCGCAGAGUCAGAUGCCGGUUGGGGCGAGUGGGUGGCGGUAGGGUGGGUGGGCGGUAGUCGUAGAUGAGUGCUGCGCAAAUCUGAUGUCCGUACUGUCUUGUCCUGUUGAGCCCCCGUUCUCGUCGUAUAUAUAAUCCAAUUCAAGGCCAAUCAUUCCUCAACCACCUCCUCCCCGUAAUUCUCCUCGUCUUUGGCGUGCUUUGCGUCGGCGUCUUUGUCGGACGCCAUUUUCUGCGUCAGGAAGUCGUUGAUGGUGGAUUGAAGCUCUUUCAGACUUGUUUGGAGGGCGGAGAGGUGGGCGGUUUGCGAUGCUGAUGAUGAGGGGAGGGAGAGCGGGGAUGUGAAUUGGAAGGGUGAGGAAGUGGAUGUGGGGGAGGUGUAUGUCGCUGUUGCUGUUGCUGUUGGUGUGGCCAUCUUUGCGGUGAAUUGGGGAAUGGGUGUGGAUAUUGAGGUAGUUU